UUUAGAGAGCCCCCCCCCCGGCUCAGGCGGUCUCCCCCUGCGGGCAGGAAAGAGACACGGGCUCUACACCGGAAGCGUUUCGCUUCUGCUCUUGCUUCCUGACCCCGGAAGCGGACAGAGAAGCCAUCCGUGCCGCAGAGGUCGCGCCGUCCCCUCCGCUCCGCGUCCCUCCGAUGGCGCGCGUCUUUCGGACGGCCCUGAUCUUCGGCGGGUUCGUGGCCGCGAUGGGCGCGGCCUUCUACCCCAUCUAUUUCCGGCCGCUGAUGUUCGUGGACCAGUACAAAAAGGAGCAAUCAAUAAAUCGAGCCGGUAUUAUCCAAGAAGACAUUCAACCUGCAGGAUUAAAAGUAUGGUCUGAUCCAUUCGGAAGAAAGUAAAGGCUUCUCGAGGUGUGACCUUGAGGAUGGCUGCUUUUUCCUUAUUCCAGCAACGAUGCGCCAGGCUCAUUUAGUCCAUGAAGAUAAUGCAGAACUUACUGGCAAAAUAGAUUUGUUUUGUGGCAUCAACUUAUGAGUUAUCCAGUAGUUGUGUAGCAAAUGGCACUGAAUAUUUUCUUCAAAGCAGAUGAAUAUUUUUUUCACUGGAGAAAUGGAAGAGGAUUGGCUUUUAUAAACUGGACAAGAUCAGAGUAAAUGCUGCAGCUGGUGUUUCUAUAACUGUGCACUGACUAGCUGAGCAUCUGCAAAGGAUAAAAACGGUGCAUUUUUGUGUGUAAGUCUGUUUCCAUUCAAACUGGAUGCAGAAUUCUCUGACUGAUCUCUGUCUCUUAAAUAAAAACAGAAUGAAUCUUACUAAUAUGAACUUGGCUCUGAAGCAAAGUUGGUGUACUGGGAAGUGACUCGACCUGCAAUUUGCUGGUGUUUGCUUCGAAGUCAAUAUUCUGUGGUUAAGCACUUUGAGACGAUGCUUUCUCAUAGCAAAAAGUGAGGAGAAGCAAAUGGAUCUAUUUUGUGUUGAUGAGAAUGUUUCGUCUGUGUUUGAAUUCUGAUUUUGUAAUGCUAGAAGUUGGGCAGAAAGAUUUACUCUGGUAUGUGAGCACUCUGUUCAAUAAAGUGUUGAACCAAUGGUGUUAAUUCA